AUGGCCACGGUCCGUGUUUUCACCAUUCCAUUGGUGACUUUCCUUCAUCCGUGCCGAUUCAGGUUACUUGUGCAGUGGUGGUUCAAAUGUAUUAUGGAUACCGCCUCUACCGACGUAACGCUCACUCUCGCGCAAUUUGGUAAGAGUCGUGACGAUAUAUGGAAAGGACCUCAUUGUUCAAUCGAUCUUUCCAAAGGACUCGCAUUGGCUGUUUGCCUCAAAUCAAAUCUCACACAUCAAAUCGAACAGACAGUUACCCCGCUUCGACCGCUAAUUCUCAGCUGGUUGCUCAUCGAAGCGGUCGUUGACACUCUGAUCGCCGCGUCCAUGUGGUACUUCUUGUCACGACAAAGGACCGGAUUCCGGGAAACCGAUUCUGCCAUUACCAUAUUAACUGUGUACGCGAUUAACAUGGGUGUCGUCACAACUAUCUUGGCAAUGACCGUUAUGUUUGCGUUCGCAUUUUACGGUUACCACCUCAUUCAUAUGGCCUUUGUUUUGAUAAGGGAUCAAAUAUCACAAGCGAUGAAGGGGAAAAGUCCUGCAACUGCCUCUGGUGUCAACGACGCCAUGACAGCGGUCCCCCCAGCCAUCGAGGUGCAAAACACUGUGACACACGAGAUUGAGAUUGUUGGAUAA